AUGAUGAACCCAUAUAUCAGCUGGGCCAUUGUGCUCGUUGUCGCUGGUAGCCUAGGAUAUUACUACAAGGAAUCGAAUGUCAAACCUAAGAGCUCUGUAAAGCCCAUCAUAGAGAAGACAGAGCCCGCGGCCCCGGUGAAAAAACAAAAACGGAAGGCGAAGAAAUCCCCAGAACCUACAUCCGCCCCUACCGCUCCGGCUAGCGAGAAGCCCACCUUUGAGGUCAAUGCCCCUGAAGAUGACGUUGCAGAUGAGGAAAUUGACCAGAAGGAGAUGGCGAAGCGAUUUGCCGCUGUGAAGAACGGCACCUCGUCCUCUCAGUUCGCUGGCGGCGAAAGCAAGAACCAGAAGAAGAAGAACAAGAAGGCCGCUUCUCGUCAGCUCGAACCCAGCAAUGAUGAGCGCUCCACUUCUCGUGUUUCCACCAGAACGUCGUCGACUACCGGCGCCGACGCUGAUGAUGACCUCUCCUCCACUGGCUCUCCUCAGGUUAACCCCACUGCCGCCGGCUACGUCUCCGAUAUGCUUGAGGCCCCUGCUCCUGGAGCAUCAGUUCUCCGGGUUACUGGCUCCGUGGACUCGAACACCCAGAAAAAGAAGAAGGCCCAGAACUUCAAGGAAGUGGAGACCAAGAAGCAGCGCCAACAGCGACUAAAGAACGAAGCCCGGAAGCAGGAAGUCCAGGCUGCUGAGGAAGAGCGUCGCAAGCUUCUCGAGAAGCAGCUUCACACUGCCCGCGAGGCUGAGCGUCGCGAGGCUGCUGCCAAGCCGGCGGCUGCUCCUCAGACCAAUGCCUGGCAAACAAAGGAGGCGCCUAAGCCUUCGAACGGUACUUCCCAGCCUCAGCAAGCCGCAAAGGUUGACUUGCUGGACACAUUUGAGCCCAGCUCGACUUCCACCAAGUCCGCUGGUACCUCCCAGCAAUGGAACCAGGGACUUCCCUCCGAGGAGGAGCAGAUGCGCCUUCUCGGCGCCGGCGAUGACGCGUGGACCACAGUUGGCACCAAGAAGCCCAAGAAGAAGGGCGGAAAGACCGACGAAAGUGAAGCCAGUGCGUCUGAGAGCCAGCCAGCCCCCGCUGCUCCCGCUCCCGCCCCUGUUGAGCGUAAGGUGAAGGUGACCCCGACUUACCUCCCUGACGUUCUUCGGUCCGACAAGAAGGGACACCCUCUUGACUCCGACUGGGCCGCAUAA